AUGGAAGCGUUACUCAACAUUAGAAAAUUUUGUAAUUUAAAUUCAUCAAAUAUAAAAACGGCCGUUUUAUAUAAAAAUCAUUUUAGACCAGCAUCAACAACCAAUUCUGUGAGUGAAAACUUAAUUGCCACUGCAGAUGAAGAUUAUGAAGCUACACAGCUAAAGAAAGAAAUAGAAUUUGAACAGAAACGGAAUAAAUCUAGGUUGCGAUCACAUCACCGAAACUUGGUUCAUGGCAAAAUACCCUACAGCGAACCUGUUGCAGAUAUCCAUCUGACACAUAAAUAUAACAGAAUGCUGUUUGGUAAGUAUGGUAAAUCAAGUAACGUGAAUCCUGGAACAUUAUGGCCCACUAAAUCAGAAUUACAAGAAAUGGUAGAAUAUGAGAAGAUCGCCCACCCCUUUAGUUUUAGUGAAUUGGUAGCAAAACAGAAAAAAGUAGUAGAUGAAGAAGAAAUGUCAGUAAAACAAAGACAGGAAAAGAUACUUAAAAAUUUACAAAAGUUAGAAGGAUGGAAAAGAGAAAUAGCAGCCCGUGUAGAAAAAAAAUUGGCAGAUUUGGCUAAAGCUAAAGCAAAAAAAGAUGCCUUAAUUGAAGAAGUUAAAAGACAUUUUGGUUAUAAAAUAGAUCCUAAAGAUGAAAAGUUUAAAGAAAUGCUUGUGAUAAAAGAACGGGAACAGAAGAAAAGGCUGAAAGAAGAAAGAUCAAAAGCUAAGCAAGAACGUUAUCUAGCAGAUGUUUUGAAGAAGGAUAGUAAAUGA